GAGUUAUUUGAAGUGUGGUGAAAGAACACUGUCAGGAUGCCCCGACCAGGGAGGAACACGUACAGCGACCAGAAACCUCCCUACUCCUACAUUUCCCUUACCGCCAUGGCCAUCCAGUCCUGCCCGGAGAAGAUGCUCCCUCUCAGCGAGAUCUACAAGUUCAUCAUGGACAGGUUCCCUUACUACAGAGAGAACACCCAGCGAUGGCAGAACUCCUUACGGCACAACCUGUCCUUCAACGACUGUUUCAUCAAGAUCCCGCGGCGUCCGGACCAGCCCGGGAAGGGUAGCUUCUGGGCUCUGCACCCCAGCUGCGGGGACAUGUUCGAGAACGGGAGUUUCUUGCGGCGCCGAAAACGGUUCAAGGUGAUGAUGAUCAUGGCGGCGCAGGAGCACCUGGCUCAGUCCAAGCUGUCUGACGCGGCCCAUUACCUCCAACAGCAGGCUAAACUCAGGCUUAGCGCCCUGGCUGCCACCGGCACACACCUUCCUCAGAUCUCCAGCUAUAACUUGGGAGUGUCGCAGCCAUCAACUUUUAAACACCCAUUUGCUAUAGAGAACAUCAUCGCCAGAGAGUUUAAGGUGCCUGGGAGUCAGUCCAUGUCUGCAGGCUACCCGAUGCACAACCAGCUGACUGCGGCCUGGCCUCACAUGUACAACACUAUGGUGGACUCUGUUUCUCCUAUCUCUAUGCGCGGUGACUAUGGGGCCUUCAGCAUGCCCCUUAAAUCAGUGUGUCACGGAGGACAGACCCUACCGGCCAUCCCAGUGCCCAUCAAACCCACCUCUACCCCGGUGGCUCUCCCGGGGGGGCUGACGCCCCACGUCCCCGCCUUCCUCUCCAACUCUUACCAGUCUCUGAGCCCCGCUUCCCCGCAGGCAACCACCAGCAGAAGCAGCCCCUCCACUCCCGGGGAGACUCACACCAACCCCACAGUGCAGUCCGUUGUGGUGCAUUGACCAACAGAGCUAUACUGAACCCUUUAUGAAUGAGACCAGCAGGCUCAGACCAAAUCCUCAGUUUAUUUUGACUCUUGCUGCUGACAUCUUGCGCCGAGAAUCCCUACGAUCGAGACAAUAUAGUCCCGUCUUUAAAAACAUUAUUCCAUUUGAAUCUGGGCUUCCAAUACUUUAAUUGCACCUGACAAACUAUGGUUACAUUAGGUUGGUCAUGUCAGACUUUUUUUACUACAUUAUUGCAGUUACUAUCAAGGAUCUCGAAGUUAGUUAUAGUGAUUAUAAUUGAACAAUGCAA